AUGUUAAUUUUGUCCUGCAAUACAACUCUCUUUUCAACCGACUUCAAAAAGGAGAAGUUCCUCAAUCCAGCUUUAUGUUUUUUUAAUACUCUUUGUCUAGAACAUACAAGUGGUAUGUUCACUCUUCUUGUAGCUGUUGCGUCUAUCUCUAUAAAGGCAGAUGGACCUAAAAAAAAGAUCCGCAUACAUCUACCACAGAAGGUGAAGCAUAUCCACCACCAUAAGAAAAUUUACAUAACGAACCACCCAGCACCCUCGCAAUAUGCACCGGCUUACAUGCCGAGCGCGGAGAGCACAGUGGCGGUACCCACGAGCGUGGCUUUACCAGCCAUGGCCAAUAUCGUACCUAUCAAUCCAGUAGAUCUUUUCGACGAAACUCAAUCGCGACUGCCAACGAUUGCACCGGCAGCUUCGCAGCUUUUGCCUUUAUACCAUGCGCGGGGGUAUUACGGACCAAUGCCAUCUGAGAUAGAAGAACCUGAUGAAGACGUGUCAGAUAACUUAGACUAUGCACCCCAGUCGUAUUCAUCUCCUACCCAGAAUUCCAACCAGCCGAAACGAUUAAAAAUUAUAAAAAUAAAUGAACAACCUCGAAAAAAAGUUAUAAGGAAAGUAAAGCCUAAACGUAUUGUUAUACGUAACAAACCUUUACCGCCACCCCCUGUAGAUGGUGAACAUCCCGUAUCUACUUUUCAUGAACAAUUUUAUUCAGAUAUCGAUGGUUCUGGUACUAUAAGAAAAUUAAGAAAACCACCGCGUGUUGAAAAAAUUGUGGAUGGUGAUACAGAACAUAUUCAUACUUACAGUGAAGAACAUAUACAUAAAGUAAUGGCCGACGAAGGCUCUAAGGUGAAUGGUGUUAUAGGAGUUGACCCUUAUAAUGGAAUGACUGCGAUAUCUAACGGGCACCACAUAAUUCCACUUAAAAAUGGUCAACAGUUGAUAGCUGUAGCAACUAACCCUUUCGCUGGAUUAGCAGCAGUAGGUUCUUUAAAUAGUCCCACACACUUUGAAUAUGCUGGAUAUAAUCCAAGGGAAGUUACCCAUGAUCAUAUAUUCCACGAUCAUGGUGAAAUUCCUCCAGAGGCAGAUAUGAAUAGAGACGCUUUGGGAUACCCUCCAAAAGUAUCUUACGAUAGUCAUGGAUUGAGGAUUGCCACGAAUAACAGACAAAAAAGCAAAAAUUACCAAAAAAAUAAAAAACUUAUAAAACCUUCUUCCGGUGAUUUUUCUUAUUAUGAAAGUAUUUAUUCCCCUAAUACUAGACCAAAUAAAGUACAGAGACCUUUGAUAGGAAUACCAUCAUUUGAUGGAUCUGAAGAGGGCAAUAAUUAUGAAGAAUAUAGACCUAUUUCUGAAUACGGAUAUAAGGAAAACUAUAAAAAAACUCGCAGUCCAGUAAAUUCUUAUUAUGGUAAAUCAUCAAAUGACUAUAGAGUCCAAUCUAGUCCUCCAGCCCCAUUUUCAGUCUCAUCGACAGUGGUUCAUGAAUAUAAACCUAAAAGAUACCCUGGGUCCUCGCCUACACAUGCAUCUUUAACAAAAUUUAGAGAUCCGUUUGCUAAUUUCAAAGACAGUUACUCAAAUAAUUUUGAAUACGAUACGUAUGCAUCCUCAUCCAAUAUUUAUACAUCCGAAGACAAAAACGAUGUUCAAUUUACCAACCAAAAUAAAAAAGGUAAGAAAAAAUCGAUAUCAACUCAAAAUAUAAGUUUUGGAGGUAAAGAUCACGUAUCAUAUGUAGACCACUUGGAAGAUGACAGAUUUAUCGAUGGCUUAGAUAGCGAUGGUCCUACAGCAUUAGAAAAUGUCGAACAAUUUGAUCAACACCAAAACAGUGAUAUAGUAACACCAAAUACAUUUACUUUAAAAGAGUCUUCUCCAGUACAUCAGUAUUAUUCCUUAAUGGCAACAAAAGCCCUUCAUAGUGACCAAAUGUCCAGUUCACCAGAAGCAUCUAAUGAUAACUUUCAGUAUGCUGAAGCGCCAUCCGUAUCUACAACAGCAUUCCCAUCCGUUGCAACAACACCAAAUCCUAGUUUAAGUCAUUAUAGCGUACAAAGUACAGAAAGACCCUAUGUAGAACCUUCCAAGUUUGUAGCUAAUACAAAAUCAAGCAAAACUGUUGAAUCGGGAAACCGUUAUAAUUCAAAAGAUAAUCAAAAAUCACCCAGGGAUCCCAGGAUGCGGUCGUCGCAAAAUCACGAGUCUACUCGUUCACACGAACAAGAUAGUUUAAUAGUCAGAGGAAAUCUCAAAUAUGGUGACAAAAUU